AAGAGUAGGCGCAUUGGCUGGCAACUGGGCCGCAAUUAUAAUACCCUCACUGUCUGCAACUUCGGCGAGAGAGUGAGAGAGAGAACAGAGCAGGAGUUGAUUGUUUGAACGAAAGGGGGUUUCCACCAUGGAUUUAAUAAUGCUGAAGUGCAUGUGAUCCAAUCUUGCCCUUUACCCUCUACGGUUUCUUCAAAACAGAGAUUAAUAUCCAUGGGCCUACUCCAAAUCGCUGCGCUGACAGGAAAAAUCCGCUUGGAAAAAGCAAGAGAGAAGAAAAAGAGAGGCAGAGAAGGAGAAAGCAAACCCACCAAGAAGAAAAGGCAGACACAAAAGCCAGAAGAAGAAGAAAGAGAGCAUACGGACGAGACGACGGUGAUGAUGACGAUCAUCACCAGAAGCCCCGAAAACAAUCCCGGAAAUAAAAACAUCGUAUCUGAAGACCCCAUCACCACCUCCACUUGCCCAAGCUGGAAGCUUUACGAAAACCCAUUUUAUUAUUAUUCUCAAUGCUCAAUUGGUACUAAUAACAUCAAGCGCCUUCGUCGCCUGCCUCGCGGGAUUUCUGCUUCUUUCUGGGAUCUGACCUUCUUCAUGGACUCUGAGCUCGAUUUAGCUCGAACCCAGAUCGUGGAAUUGAGGGCCGAGCUCGAGCUCGAGCGCAGGGCUCGAAAGAAGCUGGAAUCCCUGAACAAGAGACUGGCCAGGGAGCUAUGCGAGGAGAGAAGGGGAAGAGAAGCAUUGGAGAGGGUAUGCGAAGAGCUCGCGAAGGAGGUUUCUACCGAUAAAGCCCAGAUCGGUAGAAUGAAGAGAGAGAUAGAGGAAGAGAGAGAAAUGCUGAGAACGGCGGAGGUUUUGAGGGAAGAGCGAGUUCAGAUGAAGCUCGCGGACGCCAAGUUUUUCUUUGAAGAAAAGCUGCUAGAAUUGGAGGCCUCUAAAUCUAGUAUUUCCAAGAUGGAGCGGAGGAUUGAUCAAGAAGAUAAUGUGAAUGUAAGUGCUUCUGCUUCAUCUUCUGGUUUUUCCAGAGAAUCACCAAUUCAGAGAAGGGUUUCGACGGAAGCUGAGAAUCCUCACAUAAAGAGAGGGAUCAAAGGCUUUGUGGAAUUUCCAAGGGUGGUUCGAGCAAUCGGGUCCAAGAGCAGGCCUUGGGGCGCGAAGCUGGAAUGCCAGAAGGCUCAGCUGAGGAUUUUACUGAUGAAGCAGAGGAACCAAAUUCGCUCCAAUAAUCUUAUCAUGAGCUGAAGAUAAGCAAUUCUGUGAUCCUGAUUAAUUUUUCCACAUAUUAAUCUGCUUUUGAUUUGGGUGUUGUUUUUAAAUUUGUGGUUUUGGGUUCCUUGUUUUGUUGAUUUGUUUCUGCAAGUGGGCUACUCAUAAUUUUCUUUUUCUGAAAGUAUCGAGUUUGUAAUUGUUAAAAGGGUGUUUUAAGAUGUACAUGGGUUUGUGUUGAUAAAUAUUUUUAGCAUUUGAAGUAAGACGAGUGUUGCUUCAUAUAAUAGGGCAUGAACUUUUGUUUAGUACCUGCAGAAAAAAAUCUGUUAAAAAGUUGAUGUUUGAAA